CCAAUGAGAGGGAAAAAGACAGCGAGGAGAGCGAAACACAGUGAGGACAGUGAUAUGGCUGCGUUUACUCCCAUUCUUUAUUUUCACAUCACCGUUUUCCUAAUUCUUGUGGAAAUAGGACAUGCUAGUGAAGAGGAUGUCCAAGUCAUGGAAAUUACAGCCCCGGGAGAUUUCAUCAUCGGCGGACUCAUGCCAUUUCAUGAAGAUGUGGACAAAAGGGAGCACAGUUUUAAACCCCACCGCCAGGAAUGUAUCAGGUUUGAAGAAAGAGGCUUGGCAAAGUCUCUGACAAUGAUCAAUGCUAUUGAGGUGAUGAACAGAUCCCCGAUGCUCACUGCUGUGAACGUCACUCUGGGCUACAAGAUCCUUGACUCCUGCUCUGAUGUCAACACAGCUCUGAGAGCCACAGAAUUGGUCAUUCAUGAGGACCGUCACGAUACAGACAAUGUCUCCUCCGCCUUUAUCCAGCCAGUCAUGGCUGUUGUAGGUGCCACUUUCUCUGAAAUAUCCAUCGCCAUCGCCAGACUACUGACGCUCAAGAUGAUUCCCCAGAUCAGUUAUUCAUCAAGUGCUGUCAUUCUGAGUGAUAAGAGCCGCUUCCCUGCCUUCAUGAGGACCAUUCCUAAUGAUUUUUAUCAGACAGCUGCCAUGACAACACUGUUCAACAUCAACAACUGGAACUGGGUGGGAAUAGUGCUCACAGAUGGUGAUUAUGGCCGAUCAGCUUCAGAACAAUUUUCAAUCCAGGCUCUUGGUAAGGGCAUCUGUGUGGCCUUCUCAUUAAUUAUACCUCAGUCUGUGAUUGGUGAAUAUACCCACUAUGCAAUUGAGAUUGCUGCCGCCGUGAUCCUCAACAAUACCAAGGUACAGGUCAUUGUGUCCUUUGCCAGGUCAACUCAUAUUAAGUGUCUUUUCGAGGAGCUGAAGAAUCAGGUGCUGAGAAGAGGACUUAACAGAGAGUCAAUGAGAAGAGUGUGGGUGGCCAGUGAUAGCUGGUCCUCUUCCCCCUCUGUGACAAGGAAUGUAUCUCUGAGGGACAUAGGUCACAUUGUGGGCUUCACCCACAAACAUGGAGAUUCAACAUCGUACAAACAAUACUUAAGCAAGCUGCAGAAAGCUGGACAUGAAUAUGCAAAGAAUAACCCUUUCCUGCAGAAGUUCUUCAUGCUGCUUAGUGCUGCAGGACAUAGAGACACUGAAGUGGUGUCUGAAGCUGUGAAAAUCCUUAGAAAUCAAAUUGGUGUUGACACCAUCUUAAGUAUUGAGAUGGCGAUUAGUGCCAUUGCUCAGGCUGUGGCAUCCAUCUGCAAGAGCAAAGACUGCAAAGGACCAGACACAGUGCAACCCUGGGAGUUGCUGGAUGCUCUGUGGAUGGAAGAGUUUCAGCUCAAUGGAGAGACCUAUAAUUUUGACCAACUGGGUGACAUCAACCUGGGCUAUGAUUUGACAAUGUGGUGGUCAGAUGGCAACAAAGUACACGUGGACGAUAUUGUAGCCGAGUACCACCCACAAACCGACAGCUUCACCUACACCUCCAACAGCUUCACUCAGCAGUUCAUAGACCUGAAGCACAUCAUCUCAAAAUGCACCAACAGCUGUGUUCCUGGAGAGUUCAAGAAAACAGCAGAGGGUCAGCACAUCUGUUGUUAUGAGUGCAUCAACUGUACUGAGAACUACUACUCUAAUAUGACUGAUAUGGAUCAGUGUCUGAGCUGCGACACAAGCAAAGAGUGGUCAGCCGUGGGCAGCUCCAACUGCACCCGCAAAGUCCUACUCUUCUUCUCCUGGGACGACAGCUUUGCCAUUGCUCUUCUGUGCUUUUCUGCCCUGGGCAUCCUCCUGGUUGUACUGGUGUCCGCUCUGUUCCUACAUCAGCGUGACACUCCUGUGGUGAAGGCUGCCGGAGGGCCACUGAGCCAGGUCAUCCUGUUCUCGCUGGUCGCUAGUUACAUUAGUGCCAUACUUUUCGUAGGUGAGCCCAACAAACUCCAGUGUAAGGCUCGACAGGUGGUCUUUGGGAUCAGCUUCACUCUGUGUGUCUCCUGCAUCCUGGUCAAGACCCUGCAGAUUCUGCUGGCCUUCCAGUUCAACCCUGCAGUGCAGCAGGUUCUGCGGAAGGUCUUUCAGCCUUACGUCAUCGUCAGUCUCUGUGUGUCCCUGCAGAUAUGUCUCUGCAUCUCCUGGCUGGUCCUCAGAAGCCCGUAUGCUCACUUUAUCAUGCAGCCAACCACUCUGCUGGAGGAAUGUCAUGAGGGCUCUUACUUGGCCUUUGCGGUGAUGUUAGGCUACAUAGCUCUGCUAGCUUUUGUUUGUUUCAUCUGCGCCUACAAAGGACGAAAACUUCCACAGAACUACAAUGAAUCUAAGUUCAUCACCUUCAGUAUGCUGCUCUACCUCAUCGCCUGGACGCUCUUUGUCCCCGUCUAUGUCACCACUUCAGGGGUGUACCUGCCAGCUGUGGAGAUGGGGAUCAUUCUCAUGUCUAACUACGGCAUUCUCUGUUGUCAUUUCUUCCCAAAGUGCUAUGUAAUCCUUUUUAAGAAGGAACAAAACACUAGGUCUGCUUUCAGAAAAAAUUUGUAUGAAUAUUCCAGCAAAACCUCAAUUUCUGCCUCAGAGUCUGAAAGUCCGGUGAUGGACAAACAGUCCACUAAUUUGUCUUUCAUCAGUGUUUCAUCACUCUCUGUAUAUGCAGUUAGCCCCGACAAAGCUGAAGAGGGGAAGAAGUGCUGCGACAUGACCAGCUGCACAAGUCUGUGCAGAGACUCGAUGCGACGCCGUUCCAGAAGAAGCAGCAUAUAACUCUCAUCAUUUAAAAAUGGGUUCUCUGUGGGAUGUUUGGUGUGGUUGUAUGUGGGACUGACAUACAGGAUAAACAUAGUUUCCACCAAGCAGUGCAGUGCACUGAAGUUCAGCUUGACAUGAAAUGGUACGUCCUGAUCUGGCUUGCAUUUCCACUGCAGGGUGUGUGGGCCUCAUGGUGAUACACUAUAUGGGCAAAAGGAUUCAGACAUCUGACCAUUAUACCAACAUGGACUUUAAUGACAUAAUCAAAUAGAUAUACAGGAGUUAUAGUAACUACCCCUGGCAUGUUUAGGGGUAGUUGCUGGUCAUAUGCUUGAGAUGUGUAGAUAUUGUAUAUAUUAGGUAAGACUAUUGUUAAGUGGCAAGUGGUUAACUGGCCAGUGCAGAAACACACUACUACAACUGUUGUUUUGCUUAAUUUAUAAUGUAACCUAUAAAUACAUAUCUACUGAAUACAUGUACUGAGACUGCCCCACACUGGGAAAUGAAGCUACACUCUUGUUGUGAAGAAUCAUUACCUUACUUUUUCUCAGGCUUUUAAAUGUGUGGUGUGGUCAAAAUUGACUGUAACAGCAGUGCCUAUCCAGUAUUAAUAAUAUAAUGUAUUGUUUUAUGUUAUGUAAGAUCAGGAACUACAUUGCAUUAUGCAUUUUGCCUGUAAUGUUAGUGCUAGAGUGAAGGAGUGAUAUGAAGUCAGAUGUGAGAUGAGGUCUCACGUUUGUGGUCCUUAAGAGGACCAAGCUGCACUGAUGUAACUGCCCUCAUGCUGGUGAAAUACCAACAACUGUGCCUGAAAAGGGAUGCACAAUAUUGGACUUUUUGCCUACAUGCAAUAUGCCAAUAUAUUGGUAGGGCUUGGGCUGAUAACCAGUACCAAUAUAUAUAGAUUUGGUCUGCAGAUUUUGGUGUGUUUGCUGAUAUUCGAUAAUACAUUUAAAGCCAAUACCUGCUGAUACAGAUAUACUGCAGAUAAUAUUGUGCAUCCCUAGAUUUUAGCCACAUAGCAAAAGGCCUACCUAAGAAAAUCUACACCACCUUAAAUGUAAGCUAUCUUUACAAUGUUAUCUUACUCCUCCUGCAACUAAUUCUUUAGAGCAGUUGUUCUCAAACUUACCACUGGUGUCUGGAAGAAUAAGUUCAAACUUGAUUUUUGGAAAAAGUGACCACAGUAGAACAUCUUCAUCUUUUUUUCUGUCAUUACUGUGACAGCCUUCGAUGCUGACUCUACCCUUUUCAGUGCAAUGAUAUCCAAUCAAGCAGGAAUUCUGGACAAUAUGUUGCAAAAAACAAUAAAAGAAACAAAACGAGGUGCACCAAUAACAACAUUUGCGUGUUUGUGAGUCAAAACGGUCAAAACUGAACCUUCUUUUUGAUUUUGCGUGACAAAGUUGUCUGAGGACGUUUUAGGAAUGAGGAAGAUAGAACAAAAGUGACACAGUCACAAAGUCUAGACAAUUGUUAUUGGGCAAGACACUCCACUUCAACUAGCCCCUGAUGACUAUGUUGUCAGUGUGUGAAUAGAUGAUUGAUAAAAGCGAGUGUGUGGGUGUGUGUGUGUGUGUGAAGUGAAUGGGUGAAAUGAGGUUAAAGUGACUCUUGGUUUAAAGUGCUUUAUGUGGCCAUUCAAACAAGAAAGUCUCCGUGGAUGCAACAGACGAAGGUGCUUGUCACUGUUACAUCACUUUUCAAAGGAUCGGUUCUGAUCAUUUACUAAAACAUUUUCUCAGCUUCAAGAUUAAUGUUUAUUCCUCCAUCAUGUAAGGCAGGGCAGUUUGUAAAGCUUAUAAAACACUAGAUUUUACUUUUGUUACAGCAUUUGACGAGGAGUUUUGCUAUUGUAUAUUAUAGACACGCCUGAAAAUCCUGAACACAAGACUGGAGGGACACUCUUUUCAGCCUUAACACCAUAAUUCUUUACUCCACAGUGGUAAUUAAUUUCACAUGUUCUCAGCCACUUUUCUUAACAUAUAGAAUGUGUGAAGACAAAAAACUGCAUUUGCUUUACACAGACAAAACUAGGGAAGAGUAAAAUGUAGGGUAAGGAUAACUGCUUUCCUCAUACGUUAGCUACUUUAUUCAAAGUUAUUUAAUUUCAAAGGGACAAUCGAUGGCAACUGUCCAGCUCCUAACCAAGGACCAAUUGUCUGCAGAUGUAAAAACAUUCCUAUGAGCACCUGCAAAGAGAAACACGAAAGGAAGGAAGAGUAAAUGAACCAAAAAAACUGGCAGAGAGCCAGGUGUUUUCCAAAAUUGAAUCAUUCAAGUUAACUUCACCAGUUGCCAGCUAACUCGAACCAACAUUGGGUCUGUUAGGAGAUGAGCAACCGAGACAACGCCCUUCUUCAAUAAAACAAAACAUACAACAGUUAAUCCCGAACAGUUGCAAGCAAGUACGUUGAUUGGACAGGAGGCAUUCCAUGAGUGAUGCCGAUAUUGACAAAACUACUACAAAAAUAAAAGAUCUUCCCACACCCAACCUCAUUGAACUUAAUAACAAGGACAUUAUACCUUAAUUUCAAUAGAACAGGACUUCACGCACACACUCAUCUAGCCCUACUGCCCUGGUGCGUAGGUACUGUACAUGUAACUUUGAGGUUACAUGAGGGCUCGCUUUGGACGAAGCCGGAUUCCCUCAGUCAUCACAUCCCUCAACAACCCACCCCACUGAGUGUAAUCAGAACUGCUUUAUGUGUAAGGGUGGUGGUAAAGUCUGUUACAUUUAUUAUGUGAAGUCUUGUUAAGUCUUUUGCUGUUGUGUUUGUUAAACAAGUGCAGUACUGUGAAAAAGAACAAAAAAGCACAAUAAAGUCAAAGUCAAGUAUGCUGAAGAGACAUUUUUCCAGGAUUAACACUGGAAUAUGCUCCCAAUGUCCCACUGGAGAUCAUGACGUGAGGGGGCAAUUUUCAUGUGCAUUUUGCACAUCGGGAACUCGUAUUUGCCAUUAUUUCAAUAGCAAGUGAAGGCACCUUUGUACCCUUCCGGGCUAUGUGGGUGCUAAGUUUCAGUUGCAUGGAUCUCACAUUGGAAUGCCAUGUGGGCAAACCUGCUUGGGGUCACCAUGGAAAUCAUGGACAAAUGUGCUUGGGACCCAUAUUGUCAACCCGAAUAUAAACCCUUUGGACAUGCUGUGAGUGUUUUUAAGGAAAAUCAAAUGAGAGCGAGUGCUGUUAUUCUGAAUAUCAUCAUGGCUGUGAUGUGCUCAUGUCUGUCUCAUGUGAUAUUGCUGACAUACACUCAUUUGCCACUUUAUUAGCUACAUAUGACACCUAAUUUGGAUGUAACAAGUGGUUAUCUGAGCUUCUUCUGCGUUUCUGUAUUUUUUUAGCCAUUCUCCUCUAGAAUCGACAUGGCAUUUUCAAUCAAAGAACUGCUGCUCACUGGAUAUUUUCUCUUUUUUGGACCAUACUCUUUAAUCUGCAGAGAUGAUCGUUUCUGCGUCUGGCACCAACAACCAAAUCACCAUAUCUAUCCCAUACAGAUGCUUAGUUUGAACUUCAGCAGCUCAUAUUAACCAUGUCUCCAUUAUGCACUGAGCGACUGCCAUGGCUGAUUAGAUAUUUGCGUGAACCAGUGAAAACAGGUGUACCUAAUAAAGUGGCCAGUGAGAGUAUAGACACUAAAAAAAACGGUUAAAAAAUGGUUUAUUCGUAUUACAAACUUUCACCAUCCUGAAGCCUAGAAACCUGCGAACGCAGCCUGAGGUGAAUGUGACAGCAGUGCCAAACUGGUUCCUCCAGGUUGUGAAUAUGAGUAAGCCGAGUGUUUGGGAUCUGCUCAAAAGACAAGCAUGGUAAAAUAACACUUAAUGUUCCAGACGAAUGAUGAGGUACAAUUUUAAACAAACAGACUGCGCCAUGGGAAACUCUUCAAUGUUUGCAUUUACUGUGAAUCUCAUGUAGGAAUUAAAGAAAGAACUAAAAUUAACAAUCACUUGGUCAAUUAAAGGUAAAAAACAGUGGGCAAUUUUUUGUUGUUAAUUGAAUAAUGAUAAUCUCUUUCUGAGAUCAACCUCUUUGUUCUCUUGAUUCAUCUGUUCGAGUGUAGGCAGGGACACCACAAAGCUUUAACUUCAUUAAAAAAACAUUAAAAAUGACAAUGAAAUUAAAGAAAAAGGAUAUAUCGCCAGAUUAUGAUGUGGUCAGUGAGCAUGAAAAGGUAAACAGCCUGAGGUGCUGCAUGUCAUCGAGUUUCACCCUGAAAAUCCCCAGCUCGGAACUUGUCUCUCAAGUUGCACAACGGGAAGAGGUUUAGGAAACAUGACAACAUCUAUUCGAUGGAACCACGCUUAAAUCCAUCUCAGUGUGUCAAUAUCCGUGUUCUUUUAAUAGGCGUGCAAGAAAAACACAGGCAGAGGAGCUCAACAGAAACUUGACAUGCUGUCACUGCCGCGAUGAAUAGAAUGUUCUGAGAAAGAAUGCUACAUGGUAAGGGGAUAUAUGUAAGCUGACAUUCCACAGUCUUCACAUAUUCUCAAACAUAUAAUCACAGCUAACAACCAGAGAAAGCACCCAGAGCACAAACCUUCCCCCAAGGCUGCUCACUUUCCCACAGUGUUUAUGCACUCCCUGAUAUCACAAAGUGAACAACUUUUGUUGUUUGUUUAAAAACUAAAUAAAUUAAUCCUCAAAUAGCAUCUGUUUCCCCCUACAAUCAUUUCUACCUUGGGCGACAACCUACAUCCCCAUAUAAUUUCAUUUUAAUCCGUCCUUUACUUUUUGAGAUAUGCUGCUCACAAACAUGACAAAAACCCUGUUGAGACCUGGUUUUAACAUCCGUUAAAUACGAUUGUUUACGCCCGGCAUUAAAAUGCAUCCUGCGUGCAGUGAAACUUGAGUGAAUCAAAGCUCUAUUCACGCUGCUGUAAUGUUAAACAGGAUUAUCGUUAUUUAACAUUAAAUCAUUAGGAAAUCAUGUGCUGAUCAGCGUUUAUACUGUGACUACAAAUACAUUUCGUUCAUUCAUUCAUUCAUUCAUUCAUUCAAUUUUGAAGCCUUAAUUUGCACUGUAAUACUUCCGGUAUUAUACUAAAAGCAUC